GUUGAACACUUCUGCGCAUGCCCAGACUCCCUUUCACGGUUAGCCAGUGGAAUCUGUCAGCUCAGCGUAGCGAAGAUUCUUUUAAUACCUUCAAAUAUUCCCGUGUGCUGUCUUCCUUUGGUCAGCGUUGGAGAUUUAAACCUUUUUAAGCUGUCAUCAAACUUGGUUUCUAACUUUGGGACGUGUUUUGUUGAAAGAACGAUCAGAAUGUCGAGCAGUAGUUCAAAGCGGAAAGAAGAAAGUCAUUUGGCGAAUGGGGGUGUAAAGCAGUCCACAUGGAGCAAAGCUUUCUGCAGUACUGCUGUUUGGGAAGAGAAGGAUGAGUUUUUAGAUGUGAUUUAUUGGCUCCGACAAAUUAUUGCUGUAAUCCUCGGUGUGAUAUGGGGUGUUGCACCACUGAAAGGAUUUCUGGGAAUAGCCAUUUUCUGUGUCAUCAACGCUGGUCUUCUGUACGUAUACUUCAGCAGCUUUCAGCAGAUUGACGAAGAGGAAUACGGAGGGACGUGGGAACUCACCAAAGAAGGCUUCAUGACAUCUUUUGCUCUGUUUCUGGUGGGGACAAUCAUGUGUUAAGAGGUGGUGUGGAUAAUCUUUUACACUGCUCUACAUUUUGACUGAGAGGAAUUCACAAGGAAUUAAAACGAUGAACAUUUCUGUUGACGUAAAGUAACGAAACUAAAGAACUUCGUGGUUUGGGCAUCUCAGUGCUCCACACGUACACUGACCUCUUGGUGUGCAGUGCACCAUGGGAAUCCYCGUGCRCCACACACGAUCUGGCAAGAACACAGCGGUGAACAAAGUCGAAUGCUGUACAUCUGUCUAAUUUGAGACUCUUCCUUUUUUUAAAGACAUUUUGCAUUACACGUCUUAAAUGGUAUGCUUCAUGAGCUGAUCAGUAAAGUCAGAGGAAGGCUAAUAAAGUGUCAUCAUUUUGUUAUUAGGGUUCAGAAAUUCUCAACACAUCAAACAAAAUCAUCUUUAAGGAUUCGAUUUGUAGAUCUACUCCUUGAUGGCCGUUUUGAAGUUUUACUCUAAAAUGGUUGCCUGUUUAUAAAAUAGGAAUCAAUAUCAGUUGCUGCAUGUGUCUGCAGUUUUUAAUAUGUUAAAAUGUGACUCCAGAAUUUUUCAUAAGGACUUUUUUGAUGUCUAAAUGGCAUGUAUGAUGUAAUCAGAGCUAAUAUUUGACCUCCCACAUCAAAACAAUUGCUGGUUGUGUAAUGAACAUGUUGGUUUGUUUCCAGUCUUAGUGUUUCAAUAUGUCUUUAUUUUAGUCAGAAAUUAAUAAAGUAAAGAGAAGACCACCCUUUUGUGGUAAAAUGCAAGUGUUCAUGGUUUUGAGCUUAACUUGAUCUGUGCACUGCCAUGAUUUGAUUUUAGUGUCAUUUAUUAAAACGAAGAUUCAGAAAAACUAAUUCUAGUUUCUCACAAGUAGCUUCCCCAAGUUUUUUUCCUUUUUAAAUUUAAAUUAAUUUAAAAUCUAUCGUAUAUAUGUCAGAUCCAUCAUGUAUUACAGAUUCAUUGGUAUUUGUUAUAUCUUGAUUGAUGUAACAUAUUUCACAGUAUUUUAGUGCGAAGAACUUCGGAGAACUUUUCUCACAAAGAUCUUAUGAUACUGUUGUGUGUGAUAUGCAGCUGGUGUUUUGAAAGGAUUGUAUUUUCUGAUCAAAUMUUUUGGGAAUCAUUACACAUGGGCUUUAUUUGGCCACCAUUUUCAAACACAGAUGCAUCUGUUUUUCAUUAAAAURCUGAAAACAAGGA